AUGAGUCUUCCUAACCUUCAACAAUUCCACAAGAAACCCUAUCCAGCCAUAUCUCCCAGUCGCCCAGAGCUGAGUCAGGAGGGAAGAACAGUUGUGAUAACAGGAGGCAAUAGCGGUAUCGGAUACGCCAUCGCUCGAGGUUUUAUCACUGCUAACGCCAAAUGCGUUAUUAUUAUCGGCCGCCGCCCUACUGUCGUAGAUUCUGCAGUUGUCCGACUUGUGGAGGAGGCGAAACAAGUAGGGUCAAAGAGCACAGUUCAGGGCCGCAUCUGCGACAUUUCGGACUUGGCGUCAGCAGCUGCGUUUUGGACCGGACUUCAAAAUGACGACAUCCAUGCGGAUGUCCUUGUUCUGAACGCUGCGACAUCUGGACCGGCUGCCCCGAUUCUGGAAUCUGGCUUAGAUGGCGUUUGGGCGACAUUCGAAGCGAAUGUGCGGUCCACAUUGGAUUUUACCAUACGCUUCUAUCAGCAAAGUGUUCCAGCUUCGCAGAAGGGAAUGUUUCUGGUAAACGUGUCCUCGUGCGCAGGCUAUAUGUGGAACACGAUGGCACCAGAGCGACCCUCGUACGCUAUGACCAAAAAUGCAAGUACUCUUCUCAUCCAGCAGAUCGCCAAAGAUACUAUCCCCGACGAUAUGCAAAUUAUUAGCUUUCAUCCUGGUGCGAUUGCGACGGAAGAAGUUACUCGUCGAAUGGGUUCGGAUGCAAGCAUGAAUGUGCCAUUUGAUGACGAGAAUCUUGCUGGUCACUUCGCUGUAUGGGCUGCCAGUAUGGAAGCCCGAUUUUUGCAUGGCCGGUUUGUCUGGGCCAACUGGGAUAUCGAAGAGAUUAAAUCAGGGGAUGUUGGGAAGCAUAUUGCAAAGGAUGCGAACUUCUUGAAAGUUGGUAUUGAGGGUUUGUCUGAAUCUAUGGGCUCUCCGAUGCUCAGUUCUGAGCAGGUUGAAGCCGUGUCGGCCAUGUUACAGGAAAGGCGCCGUAAGACUUGA